AUGUCCCCCGUCCCCGCCCUCCGCUCCAGUCUCUUUCGGCUUCGGCACGUCACCACCCCGCAUCGACUCGUUUCCGGCUUCGGCUUCUAUACACGACCGCGUACAACCAGCCCCGCUGCGUCAACCUACGAAGCUCUUCAAGAACAAAACUACCGUCGGCUUACCUACGGCGCUCGUCUCAGGACGGACCAGAAGAGAGAAAGACUACUGCUAGGAAAGGAAUUGGGAAGUCCCACGAGGCUCAACGACGAAAUGGCGGACCGGGUUCAUCGUGUUACCAUGUUCAAGAUUGCCGACGAGGGGCAGAGACAGGCUUUGAUUGAGCAGUACAAGGUUCUUGGAAGCACCCACAAGAAGGACGGAAAGCCCUACAUCCUCUCCAUGGUCGUCGGCCCCGCCAUUGACGACCCUCGCAGCCAGGGCUUCACCGUCGUCGCCAAGACCGAGUUCGCCUCGCUCGAGGACAUGCGUUUCUACGACGACGAGUGCGCCGCCCACGGCGUCCUCAAGUCAUUCGUCAAGGAGAAGCUUACCGUCGGCGGCGUCAUGUCGGUCUACUUUAAGCCCGAGGCCGUUGCUUCUUUGUAA